AUGAACUAUAUCCUUCGCACAACAAUCUACAACCAGUUCUGUGCGGGGUCCAGUGAGACUGGAGUUCGCAAGACAGUCAAGGAUAUGAAGAGUCUGGGCUUCAAAGGGGUGAUCCUAGGAUAUGCUCGGGAGUCCGUAGCGAGGAUGGAGGGCACCGAGUCUCGAGUGGAAGCCAUUAACCAACGAUCCAUUGAGGAUCGUGCCGUGGAGGAAUGGAAACAAGGGAACCUACGGACUUUGAAAAUGAUUGGCGAGGGGGACUAUCUUGCUAUCAAGUUCACUGGAGCCGGACCAGCAGCAGUCGAAGCCCUAUCGCGUGGUGAUACGGUUCCUCCCCCGCUCGUCAAACAGGCCAUUACGGAGCUUUGUGAGGCAACGGCGGCGCAGCACUCCCGACUCUGGAUCGAUGCUGAACAGCAGGUAUUUCAGCCCACGAUCGAUGCCUGGGCGAUUGACCUCAUGAGGCAGUUCAACCGGGGUGGAGCCAUUGUGGUACUCAACACCAUCCAGGCAUAUUUGAAAUCCUCAGCCGAAAAUGUCCACCGGCAUCUGUGUCUGGCAGGCAGGGAAGGCUGGUCGUUGGGAAUCAAACUAGUCCGUGGCGCAUACAUCGCGCAUGAUAUUCGAUCUCGAAUCCAUGAUACCAAAGCCGAUACUGAUCGCAAUUACAACCAUAUCGUGGAAAGCCUACUAACACGCCGAUUCCCGCUGACCGACUCGCACGACACACCUGCAUUCCCCGACACACGACUAUUCGUGGCAACGCACAAUGCAGAGAGCGUACGAAGGGCGUCCAACUUGCUCCGAUAUCGAGUGUUGAACGGACUGCCCACGAUACCGGUGGAAGUGGGCCAAUUGCAAGGCAUGGCAGAUGAGGUGAGCUGUGGCCUGGUGGCACAGAAUCAGACUGAAGGGGUUCUUCCAGCAGAAGGGAAGUCUGCAGCUAGUGAUCCAGUACCGGGGGUGUUCAAGUGUCUGGCGUGGGGAACCACCGAGGAAUGUCUCCACUUCCUCUUGCGCAGGGCGGUUGAGAAUCAGUCGGCCAUGGAGCGAACACGGGAUACAGCUGCUGCAUUGAGGGAGGAAGCAUGGAGGCGAAUUGGAUGGUGA